AUGUUAUUUCUUAGACUUAUCAUAUAUUUCAUCUUAACGAAUGCACUCAUCAGCGCUCUUCUAUCAGCCUCAUCGACCUCGUAUGAUGAUUUUGAGAUAGAUAUAAGCCUACCGAAUGUUGUUUGUCGACAAUGUGUUCAAUUAUGGCGAAUGGUUUCUAAAGAUAAUUCACGUGCUUCCACUUGUGGUCCAAAUGCCCGUACGUGCACUGGAAAUGCGUGUUUCAUGCGUCAAUGCAAGCAUUGCCCAGUCUAUCAGUAUAUGUCCGGUUGUUUGAUGUUAACCGAAUGGCAGAUAUCUGAUUUAGCACUUUCAAGACAACGCGCUGAAUUAUUGGCGACGCGAGUGGGUGCCACAUUGCUGUGUGAAGAUUCGGCCAAUCAAACCACAUGUAAUCUUUUUGGUGGUAUAAUAAACUUUGAUGCGGCAAUUGCGAGAAUAGAUCCGCGGUACGGCGAAUUGCUGCGAUCGAAGCAACAACACCAGAAUACGAACCAUGCCUUUCAUCUCUACAAUUCUUCAUCACCAACCAAUUAUUUUUAUUUAUUAGUGUUUUUGCUCUUACAGUUCAUCAUUUUCUCGUUGAUCUCAAUGUUGCUCAAUUUAUAA